GCUGCGUCUUGGUACAGGAUGGCUACUCUGAUCUUUGUCGAUAAGGAAAACGGAGAACCAGUCGCCCCUGUGGCCCCUAAGGAUGGGCUGAAGCUGGAGUCUGGGGCUGCAGUCAAAGCCUUAGAUGGGAGAUCUCGGGUUUCAAUGUCGCAAGUUGGCAAACUGUUCAAUGCUCCGCCAGCCUUACCAAAAACUGCCAGAAAGGCUUUGGGAACUGUCAACAGAGCUACGGAAAAAUCAGUAAAGAGCAAUGGACCCCUCAAACAAAACCCAAACCUCUCUGCCAAAAAGAGGACUGAGAAGACCAUCAAAGUGCAAAGCUCUGUUCCUGCCUCUGACGACACCUUUCCAGAAAUUGAGAAAUUCUUUCCCUUCAGUCCUCUAGAUUUCGAGAGCGUCUGUCUGCCGGAGCAAGACCAGAUCGCACAGCCGCCCUUGAGCGGAGUGCCUCUCACGGUGCUCGAGGAGGAGAGAGGGCUGGAGAGGCUGCCCCAGCUGGGCCCCCUUCACCCCUGAAGAUGCCCUCCCCGUGGGGAGCUGAUCUGCUGCAUUCUCCCUCCUCCAAGCAUUCUUUCCGUCCUGGACGGUGAAUGCCACCUGCUUGUUAUGACAUGGAUAUUUAAAUUUCUUAGUGCUUUAUAGUUUCUGUGUGUUUAUAUAAAUAAUGCAUUCUGUAUUUUAAAAAAAUAUGGAUAAUUCUGCCUUUUGUUAGCACUCAAUUAUCUUUCCAAUGGUAUACAUUCUGUGGAUCAAGUCUUUCAUACUCCUCACUCAAUUUCAAUGAUACCUGAAUUUUACUAAACUUGUCAAUAUACUUCCUUCAAAUAUUUAUUCUAUAUUAUAUUUCUAUUGGAGUGUUUUAUUUUUAUUUAUUUAUUCUUAUUUUUGUUGUGUUGGAGAUCGAACACAGGGCCUGUGCAUGCUAGACAAUCACUCUUCUGCUGAGGUACUUCCCCAACUCAAGGGCUUUUAUAAAAGCUUUAAAUUCAUCUACUUAUAUUUAUAUAAACAAAUACAUGUACAAUAUAAUAUUUGUCAAAAUGAGUUGUGUUAAAUUAGUUGGUGGUGAAAUUUAAUGUAUCUCUUAAUU